UGCGUGCGUGCGUGCGUGCGUGCGUGCGUGCGUGCGUGCGUGCGUGCGUGCGUGCGUGCGUGCGUGCGUGCGUGUGUGUGUGUGCAACGGAGAUCAGGACCCUGGGGUUUGUCACUCCCCCAGUAUUUUCUGACUCCAAACCCUCUCAGUUACACGUGAUAGAAUGUGUGCGUGUGUGUGUGUGUGCGUGUGUGCGCGCGGGCGCGGGCGCAACGGAGAUUACAUUUUAUUGUUUUAUAAAAAUUAAGAGGGAUAUUUUCUUUUUCUGUAACAGCAUUCUCGAUGAUGCUGUCAAUGAAGUUUUAUUUUUAUUUAGAUCAUCAUAUACCUCCCAAUUUCCCGUUACUCGACGACAGUGAGCGAUGUAGUGCCCAAUGUCAUUUUUAUUAGUGCCACCAAUGUACUCUAUUGCUGCCACUAGUUUGUAUGUGGAAUUGCAAUACUGUAUGUCUAACGGUAUCUCAGAUAGGGUAAGCGUACCUGACCAAUCGCUAUAUCCGAGCUUGCUAGCAAGAUCACUCCACUGAAGACAUUCAAGGUCUAUAAAGAGAUGAGGCCCUGUAACAAAAUUUGUAAUUAAAUUUUCAUUGGCACAUCUCUUACAUUUUUUGUUUGUUUCUUCGAUCCGUUGAUUAACAGCUAUUUGCAAACCGCGUAUACUGUUUUCAUAUAUUGGUUUAGGAUUUAUUUCUAAUACCUUUAUGUUUUUAUUAUCCGUCCAUUUACACGUUGAGCAUUCUUGAGACACGUUAUAUGAGAACGAAUUUUCUAUUAACCCUCAUCCUCUGUAGGGCAAAAAUGACCCUCUUUUUUAUAGUUUUUAUGACAUAUCUCGCUUAAAAUUGAAAGAACGAAUCUGAAAUUCAAAUUCGCGCGUUUUUUUAUUGCCAUAAGUCAGUUUUGCACUUUGUUGAUUGAAUAUGGCAACAUGAUCAUGACCAACUAUGCAGUACCCUUAAUCCUCUGUUGAGGAUCAUAUUUGCCCUCUAUGACUGAUACGCAUUGGACAUUAUUAUUGCAAGUUUUUUCAUUACGGCUUGCUCUUUUGUGUGUUUUCUGUUUAAUGUGUAUACACGGAGACCUUAACACCUUGAAGUUAGCGCGCGAGUUUACGUAUACGCUCCGAUAUUCGUGCAACUUCACGUGAUAAGGCAUUAGUGCUCCCGUGUGUACAUUUGAUGAUUUGUUUUGUUAUUUCUGUGUGAAUUGUGGCUUGCGUGAAAAUAAUGCCGAAACGUAAACUAAGUACUGUGCGAAUAGAAAAAGAAGCUGCUCUUGAAGUAGAAAGUGAAGACAAAGAUUUUGAAGAAGACGAAGAUAAUUACGAACCGACGACGGAGGAAAUAGCUGCAGCUGAUGCCGAAAAUUAUGAUUCGGAUAGCGGUGAAAGUAUAGAAUAUUUGUCACAAGAAUUACAAGAAAAUGUUGCUCUCGACCGCUUUAUUUUGUAUAAGUCGAAAGAUGGAAAAAUUACAUUCAGUACGGAAGCGGCAGAAUUGCCAAGAAAUCGUCGCUACAAUAUUAUAAAUUCAACGCCAGGUCCAACUGUGUUUGCUACGAGUCGUUGCACCGAUAUUUUGUCAUCUUUUUUGCUAUUUCUUGAACCGAUCGAGAAUGAAAUCUUGAAAAUGACUAAUUUAUAUGGCAUCCAGACUUAUAAAAACGAUUGGGAAGAACUUGAGCUCUCCGAAUUACGUGCUUACUUUGGUCUUCUUUUGUUUGGUGGUGUAUUUCGUUCAUAUGGAGAAGAAAUUGGUAGACCAAUAUUUCGAGCCACAAUGUCACGUGAUCGGUUCCAAAAAAUAACACGUUGCAUUCGUUUCGAUAAUCGUGCGGAUCGAGCAGAACGAAGAGUCCGAGAUAAACUCGCUCCGAUACGAAAUGUCUAUGAGAAGUGGAACAAAAAUUUAUCUCGCUUAUAUAAUCCUGGUGAAAAUAUCACGGUUGAUGAACAGCUUGUGCCAUUUAGGGGCCGUUGCCCAUUCAAACAAUACAUUCCGAGCAAGCCAGCUCGCUAUGGAUUGAAAAUUUGGGCUGUUUGUGAUAGUCAAAAUGCGUACACGUGGAAUACACAAGUAUACACAGGAAAAGCACCAAACACACGUCCAGAAAUAAAUCAAGGCAAACGCGUCGUUUUGGAACUCACCGAUGGUCUCCAGGGACGAAUGGUCGUUGCCGAUAAUUUUUUUACGUCACACGAUCUGGCAGUCGAAUUGCUUAAGCGUGGAUUAACUUUCUUGGGUACAGUUCGCAAGAAUAAACCAUUUGUGCCACCGAAAUUGUUGGACAUGAAGAAGAAGCCAUCAACGUAUCCAGAGUUCUUGUUCGACAAUAAAAAUAAGAUUAGUAUAGUAUCGUAUGUACCCAAGAAAAAUCGAUUUGUUCUUCUCAUGAGUUCGGCACACAUGAGCCGUAAUGUAAGCGCUAAUGCAGAGCGAAAACCAAUUAUGAUUCUUGAUUACAACAAAUACAAAGGUGGUGUUGAUCAGGCAGACCAAAUGAUCGCAACAUAUACCUGCAAGCGAAAAAUAAAUCGUUGGCCUGCUGCUCUUUUUGGUUAUAUUUUAGACACAUCCGCAUUGAACAUUGUACCAUAAAUCCGCAAUGGAAUGCGAACAAAUUGUUCAAGCGCCGCUUAUUUUUGAAAGAGCUAGGAAACGCGUUAGUGCGUACACAUGUGCUACAACGAAAAACGAUGCCGCGUGGAGAAAAUGCAACCAAAUUAUUUCUAAAAAUGCGGGAACUGCCACGAUCUACAUCCACAUCUACUGUAUCGACUGAAAUUCAUUCUCCGCAACCAACAAAAAUUUUGAAAAAAAAUGGAAGAGCUCGUUGCGGGUAUUGCCCAUAUAAUAAAAGCGGAACAAAAUAUGCGAAUUUUUGCGGUAAAUAUGGCAAAGCGAUGUGUCCAGCGCAUUCUAUGCCUCAAAGGUUUUGUUAUUUAUGUGUCCCAAAAGAAACUAAUUAGUUGCCAAAAAAUAUUUAUGGCUUUUUUUCAUUAUUUACUGUAAUUCUUACGAAAAUACAAAAAUAUUAUUUGCUAUAAAUACGUAUAAAAUUUAUUUUUCCUUGCUUUAAAUAAACAUAAAUGUCUUUGCUGAGUGUCAAAAGAUUAUGCCGAUAAAACUAUAUCAUUAGAAUUUUUAAAAUUAAUAAAUAAAAAUAAUCCUGUAGUGCAUAUAGAUGUAGGGCAAAUUUGACCCUCAACAUAAAAUUAAGGGGUACUAAACCAACAGAGUAUGAGGGUUAAAUACUUGUCUAUUAAUUGACUGACGUUAUAUGCACAAUCCAUCGUCCCACUAGUUGAUUGAAAUAUUUUAUUAAUGCUCUUUCCUUGUAUACUUUUUGCAAUGUACCAAAUGUAGAUAUCAUUUUAAUAAAGUCUGUUAUAAUGUU